GUAGACUGUAUGUACACGUAAUCUGUGACAAAGCAAACGGUCGAUUGGUCGGCUACCUACGAAAUUAUACCCCGACCGCAAACGCGAACGAAGCGAGUGCAGUGCAUGUCACUUGCACCAGUCUCUAGUCACCCACGAGAAAGGGACGGAACAAGUGUUGAGAAAACAUGGCGGCCCAUUGGAACGUGCCACAGUGAUGCAGCGUACGCGUAGCGAAAUUUUCUACUUCGACUGACCAAAGAGACAGUGGCCUCGCUCGCUAAAUAUUCGUCUGUCCAAAUGACAUGGGAAUUUGUAAUCGAAGGCACUUCCUACUGACAAUAUGCAUCUUACAACUUAUUACUACUGUAGAGCGCCAAGUUUUCGACUUUUUGGGCUUUAUGUGGGCCCCGAUACUGGUCAACUUCUUCAACAUUAUAUUUGUGAUUCUAGGAUUUUUUGGAGCCUUCCAAUAUAGACCUAAAUAUAUCAUAUCGUAUUGUGUAUGGAACACAUUAUGGUUGGGAUGGAACAUUUUCAUGAUAUGUUUUUACCUUGAUGUGGGUAUAUUGGACAAAAAUAGCGAUAUUUUAAACCUUGGUACCGGUAGCUUUUCAUGGUGGCAUGUCAAUGGACCAGGCUGCAAAGCUAUUUAUGAUGUUACAGAACCAGAAUUUUUCAGACCAGCACGACCUGCAAACGUAACAGACUGUGUUCUGGAUUAUGAAGUAGUUGAAAUUUUACAUGCAUCUACGCAGUGUAUCUUAGGUUUUAUUGCAAUUGUGGGUGGUAUCUGUCUAAGUAAGGUUUUUCUGGAGGAAGAUGAUAGUUUUGACUUUGUGGGAGGUGAUGACUUUGGGUUGGCAGGCCACACGCCGUUGCAUCCUAUGUACGUUAGCUACUCGGCUCUUCCAUCACCUGCCCACCCUCAAAAAAAUCCCGCUCAAAAUUAUCUCGCAGGCACAACUAGCUCUCAUCAAUCCAUUUGUCACGAUAACAACAGCUUCUCAAAGAAUAGCGACAAGUUAUUCAAUAGCUCGGGACGAAGUAAGAACAGUUUCAAAAACGACACGAUCAGAACCAAUCGUAGCAACCAAUCGAAUCGCGAUCUGAAGCACGUUGAUUAUCCGAACGAUUAUUCGAAUCCUCUGGACCAUUUGCAAAGACCAGUGUCCCCGUACGACGAGUACGAUUCGUUGGACAGUGCCGCUAAAUUGAGGUAUCAAAAGAGCAAAAUGUAUUAUCCGCAGUCGUCGUCAUCGUCGAGAUACAGUCCGGUUGCGUCGCCGCGGAUCAAAUCGCGUCCAACAGGUGCAAAACAAAGUAAAGUCUCGAACAAGCCCAGAGUGUUCACCGAUCAUAUUCGCGAACAACCGUUGAGAUCGUUUUACUCUGAUCCCAGAUUGGCAAUCGAGAAUCAACAGAACACGAACGAACAAGAGAAACAGAACAGGACUAAACGCGACAGUAGACCUCUGUCCUUGUAUGCCAGUAAUUUUUAAACGCAAAAUCCUUAUUUUGUUCGUGUAGGAUUUUUGUAUACGAGAUUGCUUGUUUCUUUUUAAUUUAAAGAAAAAGAACAUACGACUGAGAAUGGUUACACGUGCUUCGAUACUGAAUUUUCUUACAAUAUACGAAUUCGAGAAGUGUAACGUGUAAUUCCUAUACUUGCCAAAUAGAUAGAACAAUUAGAGUAGCUAGCAUAGGAUGCCUAGAAACGAUUUUGACCCAUUUUUCUUGUAACAUCACACGCGAUAACAAUUAAUUAUUAGACACGUUUUCAAAAGAAAGGUAUCGACUGACAGUGGAUCGAACUGUGUGUUCAUUAGCACUAUUACUUUUUCUUUUGCUUGCGUGUUCAGAUUGGUAUAUUUUCGAUGCGAUUUGUCUUUUAGAGACGACGGAGCAUAUUAUUAAUAAUAUAGAAAUAUUACUUUUUACAUUAGAUUACAUACAUGAUGCACUGUGAUACGUAUAGAAAUAUGGAUCAUGUUGAUUUGAGAAUGUUAUUUGAGGUUUGAUCGAUUGUUAAUUGGAACACUGAGAUUCCGACGAAAGAUUUCCAUUAUAUCACGUAGCAAAUAAAAUUAUUAUUGUAAACGUUCACGAACGUUGUAGAACAUCGUACAAUUUUACAAUUUUUUGUGACAAUAUUCUUUCGUACGAGUUCCUUGGUUUGGCUUACAAGAUGGCACUUGAUAGAACUUUUUUUUAUGCUACUAUCUUUUUUUAAUUAGCUUGUUGUUAACGCGAUAGUGAGAAAAGAAAUUUGUUAAGGUGCUGCGAGAACUUUGGAUUUUAAGAGUCUGAGCAUUCGGUAGUGCAUGCUAGUACUUGUGUCUUACUUUUUUUUGUAAGUUUAAGAUUUAUUUUACAUAUUCCCCUUCGAGCAACGAAUAAUAUGAUACGUGCAAUCGAAACACCGUAAGAUAUCUGUAGGCUCUUUGUUAACUUUCGACAUUCCACGGUUCGUUGGUUACGCUCGUAAUGAAAAUGAAAAAUCUGAAGUGACGACCACUGUAUAUGAGACUCUUCUGUUUGUGAAUCGAUUAAACGAGAAGUCAUUUGUUUCUUGAUAGACUGCAUACAGUAGUGAUUGUAGAUCAAUGGCUAACGAAACUAGACAAAGAAAAUUAAUUCAGUGCGAUGAGAAAAGUAUCUUCACUGUUAAUUAACUCGGUGAUUGAAUCCAGCAUGACCCAAUUAGUGGAAGGAAAAGAAACCCCAAAGAAAAUUUAUAUGUAAUAAGAUUAAUGGGAUACUUAAACUUUCAACAACUGCUAUUCUUAACACUUUGCGUACGAUGAUUGAUCGAUGAAUAUUUCAUGCGAUCCAACAGUAGUUAACAAUCAUAGCGUACGCAAUGCAAUGCAAGUUGAAUCGUGUAAAGGAAAUACGUUUCGAAUUUCUUAAACUACAGUAAUCAAUUGAACCGUUGAUUGCUGAAUGUUUUCCAUCGUCAAAUGAUGUCAUUGGUAUUACAAAAGAAUUACGAAUAGAAUAUUGUUGAAUCUGUAUAUUAUUGGAUAUUUUCUCAUCGCAUUUGAUUGUAUCUAUUGUUAGCCUUGUUCACGACUUACGACACAGAACCUGUGCAUUAUUUAAUAUGUUUUUCUAUAUUUUUUUGCUUUACGUUAAGUAGUCUUAAUUAACGCACUGUUACUUAUUAAAUGUCCUGGUGAAACGAUAGUUGCAAUAUUUGUUUAGAAUAUAUCACGGUUCAAUCAAGUUGUUGCAUAUCAAAUGAUCGAUAUUGAAGCAUAAUCCGAUAUGAAUUCAUGAGUUAAAAGUAUCGUGAAGCAAGAUUUAGAGCUAGGAGUUUCAGGAAGACGACCAUAUCCUCGUGACAAAAUGGUUGGUUGCCAAUCGCAACAUAGUAUCGCAAAGUAGGAUAAAUCCUUAUAAAUAUUUCUCUAAUGUUUGGUUCUCGAUUACAGUAAAUAAUAGAUCAGAGUAAAACUCGUGUAUUGUUUCUUUACGAAUUUCAUUUAGAACUAUUGCACGACAAACUUUGGAACACGUUUCAGUUUUAACCAAAUUAUUGUUAUCGAAACUAUAGUCAUUUCAUUUGCAACAACCUGAGUCUUUACUCGGUAGAAUCGUAAAGGUUUGCUCACUUGAACGAACACGUUUAUUAUUGUACAUAUAAAUGUAGUUGCGUUUGAAGUUCACGCGUAUAUUUUACGCGAUUCGUUCACAAAAAUAUGCAAACGCAAUUUCAUUGUAUUCGUCAUAGAGGAUUUGACCGAAUGAACGCAGUUUGUUACACGUUCAGUCAACGAGUCACUUCAGAUUCGUCGUCGAAUGUGUAGAAUGAUCCUCCUCCUUUUUUGUCUUAUUUUUUUUUUCUUUUUUUUUUUAUAUUAUUUCCGUUCGAGCUUGUACAGUAGUCAUGUAGUUUGUUAAGGGCGUGUAGACCUUAGUUUUAUAUAUUUAUUUUUACUGUAUCGUAUGAUUUACCUUGGUGCAGUUCAUUGGCGACAAUAAACGUGCAAUGCCUACUA